CUGCAGUGAUCAGAGGAGCUUGCGCGAACAUGAGUCCUUUUUGGUCCUCGGUGGGCUCCGUAGCACGCAGUUCCAACGUGCGAGCGGCGAAGUGAGGACUGUUGGUUUCAACAGCUUAAACGGCUUCUAGCUGCGACUCAUUAUAACCAAAAUGGCAGAAAGUCAAGAAGAGAUGUCCCCACUGGAGGCGAAAGUGGCGCGACAGAUCGAGUACUACUUCGGCGAUCACAAUCUUCCAAGAGACCGGUUUCUCAAAGAGCAGCUGCAGGUUGAUGAUGGCUGGGUGACUUUGGAGACGAUGCUUAAAUUCAACAGGUUGAAGUCUUUAACCACAGACAGCAGCGUCCUCAUUGCAGCUCUGGAGAAGUCAAAGACUGGUCUCUUGGAAAUCAGUGAAGACAAGACAAAGAUCAGGAGGUCUCCCAGCAAGCCCUUACCCGAACAGAACGAUGAAUACAAGGAUGCACUUAAACACAAAUCUGUAUACAUGAAAGGUUUCCCUCUUGAAACAUCCCUGGAUGAGAUUCAGGAUUGGCUGAAUGGGAAAGGCUCUGUAGAAAACAUUCAGAUGAGGAGAAACCUCCAAAGGCAGUUCAAGGGAUCUGUGUUUAUCUGUUUUGACACUGAAGAGUCAGCCAAGCAGUUCCUAGAGCGCACGGAUAUAAAAUCAUUCAAAGACAAUGAGAUGCUUGUGUUAUCAAGGGAAGCCUACCAUGCCAAGAAGGCAGAAGAGAAAAAACAGUUUAAAGCAGAGACAAAAGCAAAAGUUAAACAGGAAAAGGAACAACAGCAGAAACAUGCAGAAAAAAAAGAAAUGGAUCUGCUUUUGGAUGAGCAGUCAGGACGUUUACUGAAGUUUUCAGGAGAGCUUGAAGGUGUUUCAAGAGAAGACUUCCAUGAAUUGUUCUCUGGGCAUGGAAACAUAAAGUGGGUUGACUUCACAAGAGGGGCCAAAGAGGGCACCCUUCUGUUUGACGGGAAAGCACAGGAAGCGUUCGAUAAAGCCAAAACAGCACACGGAGAGGAACUGAAAAUCAACGACAACACUGUCACAUGGCAGCUGCUUGAAGGAGAUGAGGAGAAGGACGUAAUGAAGAAGAUAAUAGAGGCUCAACAAGGAUCAUUCAGCAGGCCCAGAGGCAGAGGUGGAAGAGGAAGAAGAGGCCGAUGGGGAAGAGGUGGCAGAGAUCAAGGCAGAACUCAGUACCAAGGAAAAAAGAUGAACUUUGAAAGCGAUGAUGAGCAGGAGAAGAAGGCAGCUGUACCUAUAAAGAGAGAACUGGAAGAUCCCAGUUAUGGUCCUGCAGCAAAAGUUAUCAAAACUGAAAAUGGAUCUUAGUUAUGACUUAAACUCAAAUUUUCUUUAAUGAAAACGUUUUAUUACAAACAGUGAAAAUGGAAAAUACAGAGACAACUUGAGUCCAUUCCAGUGAAAGCUUCAAGCUUUGGAAAAUCGUAGGAAGUCCACCUGGAUGUCAACCUGGAGAAAUAUGUUCAAAGCAUCAUUUUGCAGCCUUUUAUGUCCCCGAAUACUGUGCCUCUUAUAUUAUUUGUGUACCUAAGUUUCUCUUUUGAGGAUGUUUUGGUUUUGUUGCAUUCACCUUAAACUUGCUUUCUCACUAUAAUUUAAUUUCACCAGGAGAUUUUAGUUUAUUUUGCAAGACCUGUGUGACAUCUAGAAUGUGUGUGGCGUUAGUUUUCCUACAUUAACUGAUUGAAAAUAUCUUCUUUGCUAAUUUUUUAAGUUUGCAUAUGUGGACUGCAAAUAAAUCAAUAACCAAAAAAUGGGGGAAAUCUGUCCUGCGUCACAUUUAGCUGGAGAACAUGUACUGUCUGAUGUAAUCUUACCGAUUUCUUUUUGUGGAACUUGUAAGAUGCUGGCAGGUCAUAUCGCAGUUCUGUAAUAAAAGUAUUUAGUGAGUA